AUGACUAAUCUCAAGAUCCUAGAUCUCAAAGCUUGUCACAAUCUUGAGGUUGUUCCAGAUUGGAUUGGCUUACUUAGGAAUUUGACACACUUAGACAUAUCUGAGUGUUACGUUUUAGAUCACAUGCCCAAGGGCCUUGGUUCACUAUUAGAACUCCAAGUUCUUAAGGGAUUUAUCAUUGGAGAUUCCAAUGACAAAAACUCAUGCACUAUCGAUGAUUUGACAAAAUUGUCAAAGUUGAGAAAAUUGAGCCUACACACCAAUAUGAAAGAAUUCCUAGUAAGUAAGCAGCUCCGUCAUUUACAAAGAUUAAAAACUUUGCAAAAGUUAAAAAUAUCCUGGAUAGGAUGCAUUUUACAAGGCGAAACAGAUGACACACCUAAGCAAGGACAACCACAACCACAGCCACGUGCCAAUCUAACAAGAGCACUAACAACAUCGUUCACCGAGCAGCAUGAUUUGGAACUUCCUAUCCAGGUGGAACUUCCUUCCUCAUUGCAAAAACUAGAGCUUGAGUGUUUCCCUGAAAUGGUUGCACCCAGUUGGUUGUCGUCUGGCAAUUUGAAGAACUUGAAGAAACUCCACAUUAGAGGAGGACUAUUGUGUCAUCUAGACCAAAUAGCAACUACCACAAUUGUGAUGUUGCAAUUGAAGUACUUGAGUGACUUCCAGAUGCAUUGGAUGGACCUUAGGAGAUUAUUUCCCAAUUUGAUCCACUGGGAGAAAGUAGAAUGUCCCGGUCUCAUUUCUUUCCCAUGUGAUGAGAAUGGUGUUUGGAUGAACAGAGCAAACACGCAAAAUCAAGAAAUGGCAUUGUGA